UCAUAUCAUUAAUAGUCACGUAAUUUGUACGUUGUGUACUUGUGUUCUUGCGUUUUCACUUUUCUUAUAAAUAUAUUUUUAUUUUUGUUUAAAAAUAUGAGUGGCUCAAAUAAAGAAAUUCCAACAAACGUCAAAAAGUGGUGACUAAUUAUAUGCUUACUUCAUGGCUUACUAAUAAACGUUCAAAAUUACAAAAUAAUGAACCGAUAACUUCUGCUACAACUACUACAACUAGUACAAUUAUUACUCAUACUACCUACGAUUGUCGAUUCAAUUUCAAAAGAUAGAGAACCUGUGAAAACGUCUAUUGCUUCAACCUCAACUAGUGAUUCAAACCAGUCAAAUUUAAAUUGUCAUGAUUUUAGUACAGACAUAGCAAAUUAUUUACAUGGAUCAAAUACGUCUGAUUAUAUUAAAGUUAAAUUACUCGAAAUGAAUAAUAUUCCUCCCAAUGAAUUUGUGUAUCCUUUUAGUGUCCAUUUAAAAAAAGGAAAAGAAGAGAAACGUUACUUAAGAGAGGAGCUUUUCAACACUUCGCAGGAAGACAAAAUAAUAGAAAUUAUCAGUCAACAAUCAUGUGCAUGUACACGGGAUGAAAAUGGCAUAAAAUUUUGGCCACCAUUGUAUAUGCAAAGAUACAUGGCUGUACAAGAAGUUAUUGAACAUCCUAUUUGGAGUGGUACAAUAAAAAAAGUUGUCGAUUUUGGUUGUUCCGAGAUGGGUUUAUUUAAAUGUAUAAAACCAAUUCCAGGACUCAAUAACAUUAUGCUUGUUGAUGUGGAUUUUGAUACAUUGGAUAUAAAUCAGUUUAAGGUGUUACCAACUAAUAAUGAUCAUAUAUCAAUGCAUGAACGUAAAGAGCCUUUGACAGUAGAUAUUUAUAAUGGUAGUAUUGCUGACCAAGAUGAUAGGAUGUUAGGUGUUGAUGCAGUAAUAUGUAUUGAAUUAAUUGAACAUUUAUAUUUGGACGUUCUGGAUUCAUUGCCCAAUAAUGUGUUUGAAUUCAUCAAACCUAAAUUAGCUGUGUUUACUACACCCAAUGUGGAAUUUAAUAUUCUAUUUCCAAAUUUUACAACACAGUUUAGACAUGACGACCACAAAUUUGAAUGGACUAGAAAACAAUUCAAGGAAUGGGCAAAAAAAAUAAUUACUCGUUAUCCAGAGUACGCUGUACAAUUCGAUAGUAUUGGAGCAGGUCCUUCUGGUACAGAAAAUAUUGGUUGUUGUAGUCAAAUGGCCAUUUUUUACAGGAAGGAUAUGACAACUUCUCCUGUUAAACUUAUUGAUUCUACUCCUUACAAAUUGUUGAGACGAGUUGACUAUCCAUAUGAACUUGAUGAUGAAAAUCAUUCGGAACGGUCCAUGUAUGAAAAGUUAGGAAAAUUGGUUUCUAAAGCUUCAUGCAACAAGAAAUAUGUUCUUGGCCACAAUAUGGAAAUACCGUUAAAUUAAAUUAUGCCAUAUGUUUCAGAUUGCUGUUCAUCUAUAGAUAAAUUAGAGUUUGUACCUAUAUAUUAAAUUUAAUAUUUACCAUAAAUAAUGUAUGAGAAUUGCUCAAAACAAGUUUUAUUAAUUGAAACAAUUGAUCAUAAAUAACUGUAAGUUAGGAUUGUAUUGGUAGAUCAGAUUUUUUAUAAACUAAUUAAAUGCUCAGGAUAAGGUUAUCUUUUAAUUUAAAAAUUGAACAAUAAAAUAAUGAAAAUAUUAAUCAAUGUUUAAGUUUUAAGUUUACAUGUAGAGGAAACCUGGAUAAGAUGGGACACCUAACUUUAAUUGUAUUUAAGAAGGUUAAUAUUUUAUUUUAUUGAAAAAAUAAAGAUCCUUUAUUAUGUAAAAUUA